AUGGCGCUCAUGAACCCCAUGGCGCUCAUGACCUCAUGCGCCCAUCAACCCCAUGCGCCCAUCACCGUGCAUGCAUCACUGUUCAACCCCCCUCUCUCCCUUCCCCUCUCUUCCCCUCCCUGCUCCGCCCCUCGUGCCCCCAGAGGGCAGAGCAGCCAUCGGCCAGUGGAGCUCAUUGACGCCGUGUUGUGCCGCCCAUCACCGUGCAUGCAUGACCGUGCAUGCAUCACUAGGGUGGAGCAGGCGUCGCCCAUGGAGCUCAUCAACGCCGUGCCGCCCGUCCUCGUGCACUCACGCGUUGUUGCCUGCAGGGGAGGCCCCAACCCCCGCCCUGGGCCAUUCAGUGGAGUGCAUCAACGUGGAUGCACCCCCACCCCCUUCCCCCCCUGCCCUUCCCUUUUCCCCCCUCCACCCUUUUCCCUCCACCACCCUUUUCCCGCCACCACCCUUUUCCCUCCACCGCCUCCCUCUCUCUCCCCCCCAGGUCCCAUCCCCUCCUUGGGCCAUCCAGUGGAGUACCCCAGGGGCAGGGACGCCCCUCAGCCCUCGCCCUGCUCAUCAACAUGCCCCCACCUCCCCUUCUCCCCUUCCCUCCUCCCCCCUCUUCUUUUAACAGGCCCCAACCCCGCGCUGGGCCAUCCGGUGGAGUACAUCAACGUGGACGCGCCUCAGCCCGCUGUCUGCAAGUACUGCGGCCUGCGCUACCUGCAGGACCACAGCCACUGA